CCCUCCUCACCCCCGCCCCGCCAGCCCCCGGUCCCGCCGGCCCCGGAUGCCCGGGCCCCGAGGGGCUGCCGGCGGCCGGGCCCCUGAGAUGCGCGGGGCGGGGGCGGCGGGGCUGCUGGCGCGGCUGCUGCUGCUGCUGCUCGGGCUGCUGGGCCCGGGCGGCGGGGCGCCGGGGGGGCCGGCGGGCGAGCGCGGCGCCGGCGGGGGCGGGGCGCUGGCCCGCGAGCGCUUCAAGGUGGUCUUUGCGCCCUUGAUUUGCAAGCGGACUUGUCUCAAGGGCCAGUGCCGGGACAGUUGCCAGCAGGGCUCCAACAUGACGCUCAUCGGAGAGAACGGCCACAGCACCGACACGCUCACGGGCUCCGGCUUCCGCGUGGUGGUGUGCCCGCUGCCCUGCAUGAAUGGAGGCCAGUGCUCCUCCCGGAACCAAUGCCUGUGCCCUCCAGACUUCACUGGCCGCUUCUGCCAGGUGCCCACCACGGGAGCCAGCGGGGCCACUGGGGGCUCAGUCCCGGCGCUGGCCCGAACCGGGGCCCUGUCCACAGGUGCACUGCCGCCCCUGGCUCCAGAGGGCGAGUCGGGGGCCAGCAAGCACGCCAUCUACGCCGUCCAGGUGAUCGCCGACCCCCCUGGGCCGGGAGAGGGGCCCCCUGCCCAGCAUGCAGCCUUCCUGGUGCCCCUGGGGCCGGGACAGAUCUCAGCAGAAGUGCAGGCCCCACCCCCCGUGGUGAAUGUGCGUGUCCACCACCCUCCUGAGGCCUCAGUGCAGGUGCACCGCAUCGAGGGGCCCAACGCUGAGGGCUCAGCCCCCUCCCAGCACCUGCUGCAACACCCCAAGCCCCCACACCCCCGGCCACCCACCCAGAAACCCCUGGGUCGCUGCUUCCAAGACACACUGCCCAAACAGCCAUGUGGGAGCAACCCUCUCCCCGGCCUCACCAAGCAGGAAGACUGCUGCGGCAGCAUCGGCACAGCCUGGGGCCAGAAUAAGUGCCACAAGUGCCCCCAGCUGCAGUACACAGGUGUCCAGAAGCCCGGACCCAUCCGUGGGGAGGUGGCCACUGACUGUCCCCAGGGCUACAAGAGGCUCAACAGCACACACUGCCAGGACAUCAAUGAGUGCGCAAUGCCCGGCAUGUGUCGCCACGGGGACUGCCUCAACAGCCCAGGCUCCUAUCGUUGCGUCUGCCCGCCCGGCCACAGCCUGGGCCCCUCUCGCACUCAGUGCAUCGCGGACAAGCCGGAGGAGAAGAGCCUGUGCUUCCGCAUGGUGAGCCCGGAGCACCAGUGCCAGCACCCGCUGACCACUCGGCUCACCCGUCAGCUCUGCUGCUGCAGCGUGGGCAAGGCCUGGGGCGCGCGCUGCCAGCGCUGCCCAGCAGAUGGCACUGCUGCCUUUAAGGAGAUCUGUCCGGCGGGCAAGGGUUAUCACAUCCUCACCUCCCACCAGACGCUCACCAUCCAGGGUGAAAGCGACUUCUCCCUCUUCCUGCACCCGGAAGGGCCGCCCAAGCCCCAGCAGCCGCCCGAGAGCCCCAGCCGGGCACCGCCGCAGGAAGGCACCGAUGAAGAGAGAGAAGUGACCACGGCUUCACCAGUAAGCGAGGAGCGCUCCCUGCAGCCGAGCCACUCCACCGCCCUCACCACUUCGGCCAGGCCCUACCCAGAGCUCAUCGCCCGCCCCUCGCCACCCACCAUGCGCUUGUUCCUGCUGGAGCUGCCCCCAUCCCGCAGUGCCGUGGAGAUGGCCCCGACUCAAGCCACGGAGAUGAACUUGUGCCGAGAGAAUCAGAACAUCUGUGGCCACGGCGAGUGCGUCCCCGGCCCCUCGGACUACUCCUGCCACUGCUACCCGGGCUACCGGGCGCACCCGCAGCACCGCUACUGCGUGGAUGUGAACGAAUGUGAGGGGGAGCCGUGCGGCCCGGGGAGGGGCGUCUGCAUGAACACUGGCGGCUCCUACAGCUGCAGAUGCAACCGCGGCUACCGUUUGGAAACGCACAGCGAGCCGCGCUCCUGCGUGGACACGAAUGAGUGCCACAGGAGCAACCCGUGCGGCGACGGCGGCAGGUGCAUCAACAUCCCAGGCCAUUAUAAGUGCACCUGCUUCCCCGGCUACCGGCUCAAAAGCUCGCGGCAGCCCGAGUGCGAAGACAUCGACGAGUGCCGGGAUCCCAGCAUCUGCCCUGACAGCAGAUGCGAGAACAAACCCGGGAGCUACAAGUGCAUUGCCUGUCAGCCCGGCUACCGCAGCCAGGGGGGCGGCCCCUGCCGCGACGUUAACGAGUGCGCCGCAGAGGACAACCCCUGCUCGCCGGGCUGGUGCGACAACCUCCCGGGCUCCUACCGCUGCACCUGCGCCCAGGGCUACACACCUGCGCCCGACGGCCGCAGCUGCGUGGAUGUGGACGAAUGUGAGGCCGGGGAUGUGUGUGACAACGGCAUCUGUACCAACACGUUGGGCUCCUUCCAGUGCCAGUGCCACGCUGGCUACCAUCUGUCAAGGGACCGGAGUCGCUGUGAGGACAUCGACGAGUGUGACUUCCCCGCGGCCUGCAUCGGUGGCGACUGUGUCAACAUCAACGGCUCCUACCGCUGCCUCUGCCCCCAGGGCCAUCGGCUGGUGGGCGGCAGGAAGUGCCAAGACAUAGAUGAAUGCAGCCAGGACCCGAGCCUGUGCCUGCCCCACGGCGCCUGUGAGAACCUGCAGGGCUCUUAUGUCUGUGUCUGCGACGAGGGCUUCACCCCCACCCAGGACCAGCGCGGCUGUGAGGAGCUGGAGCAGCCUCACCACAAGAAGGAGUGCUACCUUAACUUCGACGACACCGUGUUCUGCGACAGUGUCUUGGCCACCAACGUCACCCAGCAGGAGUGCUGCUGCUCGCUGGGGGCCGGCUGGGGGGACCACUGCGAGAUCUACCCCUGCCCGGUCUACAGCUCAGCUGAGUUCCACAGCCUCUGCCCCGACGGUAAGGGUUACACCCAGGACAACAACAUUAUCAACUAUGGCAUCCCAGCGCACCGAGACAUAGAUGAAUGUGUGCUUUUCGGGGCUGAGAUCUGCAAGGAGGGCAAGUGUGUAAAUACGCAGCCGGGCUACGAGUGCUACUGCAAGCAGGGAUUCUAUUACGAUGGGAACCUGCUGGAGUGCGUGGACGUGGACGAGUGUCUGGAUGAAUCCAACUGCCGAAACGGCGUGUGUGAAAACACGCGCGGCGGCUACCGCUGCGCCUGCACGCCCCCGGCCGAGUACAGCCCGGCACAGCGCCAGUGUCUGAGCCCCGAGGAGCUGGAGCGCGCCCCGGAGCGGCGCGACGUGUGCUGGGGCCAUCGCGGCGAGGACGGCAUGUGCGCGCGCCCCCUGGCCGGGCCUGCGCUCAGCUUCGCCGACUGCUGCUGCCGCCAGGGCCGCGGCUGGGGCGCCCAGUGCCGCCCGUGCCCGCCGCGCAGCGCCGCGGGGCCCCAGUGCCCCACGUCACAGAGUGAGAGCAACUCCUUCUGGGACACCAGCCCCCUGCUGCUUGGCAAGCCCCCGCGAGAUGAGGACAGCUCAGAAGAGGAUUCAGACGAGUGCCGCUGUGUGAGUGGCCGCUGCGUGCUGCGGCCCGGCGGCGCCGUGUGCGAAUGUCCUGGCGGCUUCCAGCUGGACGCCUCGCGGGCGCGCUGCGUGGACAUCGAUGAGUGCCGGGAGCUGAACCAGCGCGGGCUGCUGUGCAAGAGCGAGCGCUGCGUGAACACGAGUGGCUCCUUCCGCUGCGUCUGCAAAGCCGGCUUCGCGCGUAGCCGCCCGCACGGCGCCUGCGUGCCCCAGCGCCGCCGCUGACACCUCGGCCCGCACCAGCCAGUGCCCGCGCCUUCCCCCCGGGGAACCCUCCCUCUUGCCCC